AUGACUACAAGCAAAGUACGGAUUGUGUUUGAUGCAGGAUCACAUGAUAAAGGACAGUUAAGUUUGAAUGAAUGUCUACACACCGGCCUUAAUUUCAUACCAAACUUGUUUAGUCUCCUGAUCAAAUUCAGGAAAACCCCAAUUGCCUUCGCAGCUGAUAUUAAAAUGGACUUUUUGAUGAUUGAAAUUAAUGAAUGUGAAAAUAACUUUACAAGAUUUUUCUGGGAUGAUGAUCCAGAAAAUUUGGAUUUGGAAAACAAGAAGUUGGACGUGUUCCGAAUGUGCAGAGUUUUGUUUGGAGUGAAAUCAAGCCCUUUCCUACUAGCAGCUACAAUUAAACAUCAUCUGAAAAAAUACAUGGACACAUUUCCGUCGACUUACAAGCAUUUGAAUCAGUCUCUGUAUGUCGAUGAUUUCCUUUGCGGAGAAGACAAUGUUCAACAAGCUUUGAAAAUUUGUAAAGAAAGUGAACAGAUUUUUAAAGAUGCUAGCAUGGAUCUUCGAAAAUGGAGGAGUAACUCACCUGAACUUACCCAAGAAUUGAAGGAUUUGAAUUUUGAAGUUGAUAAAUCUGGAAGUGCACUGGACACUAACUUGAUAACUUCUAAGGUCCUAGGAGUUGGAUGGAAUGAGAAAACUGAUACAUUUUAUUUUGAUUCUAAAAAUCUGGAAGCAUUUCUCUCCAAAAGAAAGGAAACUAAAAGAUACUUAUUACAAGUAGCAGGUCGAUUAUUUGAUCCUAUAGGUUUUGUUAGUCCAUACACUAUUCGAGUUAAAUGUUUGAUGCAAGAAAUUUGGUGUUUAGGUCUGGACUGGGAUGAAAAGUUGCCUAAACAAUUAGGAGUUGCUUGGAACAAAUGA